AAAUGCUUGUGGAACAAUUCGCUUUUGGUUUUCGAGAUGCACACAACAGGCGAAGAAAGUCGAUAUAUGCCUUUGCAAUUUUAAUUUUGCGUCGCAUGCAAUAAGCCUGAGGGUAUAUUGACAGGGUAUAUAGACAACGUGAGUCCGGUGAGCCCAAUAUACGGCCUUGAGGAGCGCGGCCGGCCUCCCCGCGCGGCGCACCGGUGGGAUGCUGAUGCGUGUCGUGUACAAGGCUUUCGGCUGGCUCCAGAGGUUCGGGAUGCAGAGCCAGCUGACGCCCCUGCCGGGGGUGACCGCGCUCUCCGAUACGGUGACCCGUGUGCUGGGCUGCAACCCCAGUCCGAUGACGCUGCAGGGCACCAACACCUACCUGGUCGGCACCGGAAAACGCCGCGUUCUGGUGGACACGGGUAGCAGCGGGGUGCCCGAGUACGUGGACCGGCUGGAGGGUGUGCUGCGAGAGGCGGACGUCCAGCUGCAGGAGAUCGUCAUCACCCACUGGCACUCGGACCACGUGGGCGGCCUGGCCGACCUGCGGCGGCGGCUCGGAGACAUUCCGGCGAGGAAGUUCCCGCGGCCGGAGGCGGCGGACGCGCCGGGCGUGGAGCCGCUGAAUGACGGGGAGUUAAUCACUACAGAGGGGGCCACUCUGAGAGUGGUUCACACGCCGGGUCACACCACUGACCACGUGGUGCUGCACAUGUCCGAGGGAAACGUCAUCUUCAGCGGCGACUGUAUCCUUGGCGAGACGACGGCCGUGUUCGAGGACCUGGCCGACUACAUGGCCUCGCUGGAGCUGCUGCUGCAGCUGCGGCCCAGCGCCAUCUACCCGGGGCACGGGCCUGUCGUACAGAACCCGAUCGAGAAGAUUCAGUUCUACAUGGACCACCGCAGGGAGCGAGAACAGCAGAUCCUGGCGGCUCUGAGGAACGCCGAGUCGGCCAGCUGUACAGUCACCGAUAUAGUCACAGCCGUGUACACGGACAUCCCGGUGUACAUGCGCCGGCCGGCCUCGGUGAACGUGGAGCACCACCUGUCGAAGCUGGUGAAGGACGGCCUGGUGACGGAGGAGCACGGCAGCUACUCCCUGCGCGAGCGGCACGGCCCACCCGACCGGGAGCCGUAGGGACAGGUGGGCCGCCCGCGCACAGGGCGUGGAGGGGGGAUGGGGGUCGUGGCUGAUGUUUUAUAUGUGACUGGUGGGACUAAUGAAGGAGAACUUAUGAACUGAUGUUCGGGAUAAACGUCAGGGUAGAUAUACUCCUGAACAUGGUUGAUAGAUAACUAGACACGGUAGGUAGCUUGAUCAAGAGCUGAGUGACUGGUUGUAUGCAUACUGCAAAGAGAUCUUAUAUAGCGAUCAAUAAAAUAGGAAUUAGGAACCAUAUGGCUGUAUUUGCCGAAGCGAAACCGAACGACCGCCGUUUCCACUCUGUGUUUCUCUUCCGGGUUCCAUCGUGAAACAGUGCCAUUGUGAUCCAACUCAAUAUGUAUUUAUAUGCACACACGAGUAUAUACAUAAUAAUUAAUACACAAUAUGUCAAUGCAGAUCAAAGUUAAGGUGAAAGUUCGGUAAUGUCCAUUCGGGUUUGUACUGAUUGCGGCCGUGCGUUCGGUUGUUGCUAAAUGAUGUGAACCAUAGGUUUCUAUCUCAAUCAGUACUGAAAGGGAGAUGAAUCGGAUGGCAAACAAUAAAAAAUAUAUCAUA